AUGCAGGUUGGUGAGGCUACUCUGAAGCUGUCGCAAACGGCGAUCAGUAACAAGCAACGACUCAAGAUACUGAAGGAAGAGGAGAGCAUUCUACGACAGGAAGAGCUGGAGUUAGAGCGCGAGAAGCAAGAACAGGAAGUCAAACGCAAACAGAAGGAGAAGAAAACAGAGC